AUGGUCGGCCAAAAUGUCUACACAGAACAGGAAAUCCGGUUUAUACUCGAUUUGCUCAUCAACGAGGCAAAGGGGCCGGAGAUCAGUGAGGCCUACGACAAGGAGUUCGGCAAGCCCCUCACGCCGAACCAGCUUCGCUAUGUCAAGAACAAGUAUGGAAAGGAUCCCAAAUACGGGACCGCGGCGAUCAACUCCAGUAUGAACAAGAACAACAAACACAGCAACAAGAGGAAGCAGAUGGAUGACGGCGCCGGCCGCGACCAAGCCCAUCCCUUUCCAUCCUUCGAAAUCAACAGAGCCUCAAACCAAGCCAGUCCCUUCCCCGGCUUCGAAGAGAGUAAAGCUGCCCACGACUCGGCCAACGCCUUCUCGUGCUUCGGGGAGAAUAGCUCGGAACAAGGUUUUGCACCUGAGCCGCAGGUGAUCCCCGACAGCCUCGCUCACGGGUCGGACAAUAUCUUGUGGAGUGUGCCACAGUACCCAGGCCCUCAGGCACAUCCUCAGCCGCUUCUCUACCAGCCUCUCAACGCUCAACAGCUUUCAAUGAUGCCACAGGCUUCACCGUCGCAGAACUACCACCAGCCAACGGCUCCAAAGACCGAGCUAGAAGACUUCACCCACGCCAUGGCGCCACCCGUUGCGGUUCCUACGAACGAGCCCAUCUCCUACCAGCAGCAAGACCACGUCUCCAACGGCGGCGAGUAUCAGAUGAUGACUGCUUGGGACAGCAAUAACCCGGAGCUUCAAGCCCUUGGUGGCAUCACCGACCUCCAACCUAUUCAACGAUCCUCUGCUGCGCCAUCUGCUUACGCACCCGCCUUCAAUCAAUUGCCUCUUCAAAACACCACUCGAACCGCUCAGCAGCAGCAGUCCAUUGCUCCCUCACCACAGUUGGCUUCACCACCUCACUACCCUCCUCCAGCUCAAGCUCCUCGAUCCAGACCUACAGUCCAAGCGGUGCAGCAGUAUAGUCGGUACAUGCAAAACCAGUCAGCCGACCUCCUGUCUCCUCCCAACGACGCUUCCGCAAUUAAUCCCCAACCCGCCACCGUACCGUAUUACGGCGCCGGUCCGCAAUCUAGACAAGUCGAGGAGUUUCGGAAGAGUCAGCAGAUACCGAUGCAGCAAAUGAUCGCGGCGCGACAGACGAAGCGCACACUGGAUUGGAACCAAUAUUCGUCUCCCCAACCUCACAACCCGCCUCAACAUCACCAAAACCCACCCCAGCAGCAACCUCAAACCCAGCCUGCAAUGUUUUCUCUCAGCCCGAACACCCAGACCGCACACAUCGAGACGGCCUCACUUGCUAGCAACCCUCCCACCACUAAUGCUCUCCCCAACCCCUCUAUGGUGCAGGCCUCGCCGUCUUUCAACACAACCAACAUGGCCCCAGCCUCGCCCGCAACCACGCGAGAUGUCGUAAGCACUCAGACCUCUGGACUCAAGUCGAGCCACCAACCCAACUUAGACGAUGUGCUAACAGGCCACUUUGACGCUGCCGAUUACGAGUUCUUCGUCCACAGUACACCCGAUGAGUUUGCUUUGGAGCAAGUCUCGUCAGUGACGGCGCUGCACCCUGGAUUUGAGCCGCACGAAGCCCAGAACGAAGCUGUCAACCUCGAUACGAUCGACCCGAAGCUGUUAGACGAAAUGUGCGUUCUGCCACCCCUGAAGCGCGAGGAUACUGCUACGCCUCCGGAGGAUGGUCCCCAGACACCUGCUGUGCCCAAGAAGCUGAGCGGUGCUAUUUGA